AAGUCCCAUACUCUCUAUCUUUCCUUCCAAUGUAGCACAAAACCAAACAGAGCCAAAAGCCCCACCUUUCAUUUCCUCUCUUCCAUUCCCAACUUACAACAAUGGCCUCCUUAUCCCUCCUUCCACCUCGCUCAACUCCCACCACCACCACGUCCUUCUCCUCCUCCUUCUACCACAAUGCCUCCAACCUCCUCACCCUGCGCACCCGCUCCAUUAGUCUUCGCUCCCCCACCAGGACCUUCUCUAUCAGAGCCCAAUCCGCUCCUAUCCUCACCCAAGAUGACCUCAAGAAACUCGCUGCCGACAAAGCCGCCGAUUACGUCAAAUCCGGCAUGGUUCUCGGCCUCGGCACUGGCUCCACUGCUGCCUUUGUCGUUGCUAAGAUCGGAGAACUCCUAAAAUCUGGUCAAUUAACCGAUAUUGUUGGUAUACCCACUUCAAAACGCACCGAAGAGCAAGCCCGCUCGCUCGGGAUCCCACUUUCAGUUCUCGAUGAUCAUCCUCGUCUUGACCUCGCUAUAGACGGUGCAGACGAGGUCGACCCUGUUCUCAACCUAGUCAAAGGCCGGUGUGGGGCCCUCUUGAGAGAGAAAAUGGUGGAAGCAGCGUCUGAAAAGUUCGUGGUCGUCGCCGACGAGACGAAACUGGUAACCGGUCUUGGUGGGAGCAAGCUGGCAAUGCCGGUGGAGGUCGUGCAAUUUUGUUGGAAGUACAAUUUGGUGAGGUUGAAAGAAUUGUUCAAUGAAGAAGGGUGCGAAGCUAAGCUAAGAUUGAAUGAAGCUGGCAAGCCUUAUGUGACCGAUAACUCCAAUUACAUUGUGGAUUUGUAUUUCGAGAAUCCGAUUAAAGAUGCAUAUGCAGCUGGGAAGGAGAUUUCAGCUUGUGAAGGAGUGGUGGAACAUGGGUUGUUUUUGGAUAUGGCAACAGCGGUGAUUAUUGCUGGCAAGAGUGGAGUGGAGGUCAAGGCCAAGUGAUAUUUUCAAGAAUAUGGAAAUGAGGAUUUCAGAUGUAUGAAUCAAUCCUUUGUUAGGCAAAUCAGGAAAUUUCUUAGUGCUCUUGUGACAGAAUUGAGGACUCUUCUGAGAUGGCUGAGUUUCUUUCUGCAUUUUGAGAUGUGGGACAUCAUGUUAUGUGAAUUCCAAGCAAAUGCCAAUGUAACCGUGGCAUAGAGUCUAGGUGGGGAGACACUAAGACAAAAACAAAAGCUAUGGCAUCUUAUUAUUGCCCUUCUUUUUUUUUUUUUCGUUAUGUUAAAUACUAUAGUUGUGAGCUAAACUUAACACCAGGCCUUUUUGUUUUUGAGGAGAUCAGUUGAUCAUCAAAGACUGUAGUUAUUAGUGAGAAAUUGAUAACAAUUAGAUUUGAUCACUUCCUAACUUGUUGUGUUUGUGUUGACUUUUUGGAGUAUGUUAUGCAUUCUUACUUGUAAGGGACAGCUCGUUUGAAUCCACAAAUGAUUUUUUUUUAAUUUUUUAAUCAAAUAGUGAGUCGCAACACCACAUAUUGAAAGUAACCAACUUGUAGUAAUAUGUUGCUUUGUUAAGCAAGCCCAAACCUUUCUCUUUGAUCUUGAUGUGAUUCUUGGGGCAGACCUGGGUGGUUAUUGUAUCCCCAAUUGUUUUCUAACUUACCCUUUUUUUUCUGUGAUAACACAAUUGUUUGGCAUGGAAUUGAGAAGCCUUCUCUUAGGAAAGAAAGUGAAGGGGAAAAUUACAUGUAUUGUAGUGUCAAAUAUGUGGCCCAUUAAUUUUAGUUAUUAAAUUUUAUAGCCUGAGUGGAUCAAACUUUCAUCCGUAAUUGCUACUACGGUUAAAUUUGUUUGAAUGUAUCAAACUCAAUCACCAUUGAGAAGAAGCAUGUUGCCCAGAAGCUACCUAGACGUUGUUAUUUUCUUUCUGAGACCUAGGUGGUUAUCUAUUUAAUAAAGUCGUAAAGUCAUCUUUUCUGCUGA